AUGUCAAACAUUCUUACUGUAGGUGCAAUUCAGGAUAUAUUUGACCCAAAUAUUAGGAACCCAGAGAAACCGGUGCUUCAGAUUGCAAAAGUCAUUCAGAGCGACUACUCUCACCCGCGUCCCCAAAGAGUUAAAGUGGCUUUCAACGAUGGGUGUGAACUUACACAGGGUAUUAUUCCUGUUAAUUUGGUAGAAAGAGUAAGCGGUGAUAUAAAAAAAGGUCAAUUACUCAGGUUGACUCAUUACAAUUGUAUUAUUAAGAAUAGUUUAGAAAGUCAAGAAACUCUGAAGAUAAUAAUCGUUAUUAACUAUGAAAUGGCCAAUAGCGGGUUAUAUCAAAUCUUUAGUAAUUUGUCUCGAGUUAAAACAACUAAACGUACGUCACCUCAUAAUAAAUCCUUGCAACACUCAAUUACUUCCGGACCUAGUUACACCAUAGGUGAAGAGUUCUUCCCCAUAAAUGCACUUAGCCCGUAUUUUAAUUCAUGGAAGAUUGAAGCAAUUGUCGGUACUAAGACUGAUAUAAAACCUUGGCAAAGUGACCAUGGAAGCGGAAAAUGGUUCGCUGUAGUUCUUUUUGAUAGUAGCGGUGAAAUUCGAGCAACGGCUUUCGAAGAUGCUGACAAUUUUUAUAAUCAACUACAAAUAGGAAAAUUAUACUCAAUUUCCAAAGCAAAAAUUAGAAUGGCCAACAAAAAAUAUUCGACAGUUAAAAAUGAUUACGAACUUAUUUUGGGGAGAGAAACCAUAAUCACAGAGGUCCUUAAUAAGGAUUCUCACGGCUUUAUUCCGUUCAAUUUCGUUAAAAUCGUUGAUUUAAUUGAAUAUGAAAAGAAUGACAUUAUUGAUGUUAUAGGCAUCGUUAUUAAAGUUAGUGAUAUUCAAGAAAUAACGACUAGAACAACCCGGAAAAAUGUAAACAAACGUUGCAUUACUAUUGUUGAUCAAAGUAAAUAUCAAAUUACUUUAAGCUUGUGGGGCCUACAAGCUGAAAAAUUUAAUAGUUCUAUCUUAAACCAUAUCAUCGCGUGCAAGAAUGUGCGUGUUGUAGAGUUUCAAGGACGGAAUCUUUCAGCAAUCUUUGAUAGUACAAUAAUCAUUGAUCCAAAUAUUCAAGAAACGAAUGAAUUACGUGAUUGGUAUAAUUCUCACGGAACACAUUCAAAAUUUACCUCUUUGAACACGUCAAGUUCUACAGUGCAAUACGUAGAUGACAUCAAAACAUUGGAUCAGAUCAAAUACGAAAAGCUUGGUCAAGGGAAUAAUUUGGAUUACUUUUCAACAUUGGUAACCGUUCUGAACAUUAAAAAAGGCAACAUUUUAUACCCAGCUUGCCCUACGUGCAGUAAAAAAGUUAUUGAAGAUGUCAGUGAAUGGCAUUGUGCGAAAUGUUCGCGAUCUUAUCCUAAACCCGAAUAUAGAUACAUAAUAGCGGCUGUUGUUGCAGACUUUACUGGCGACGUGAUAUUGAGAUUCUUUAAUGACUCUGCAUUAAGUAUUAUGAAUUGUGAAGCCAAAGAACUUGUCCGACUGGAGGCUGAGGAUAGAGAUAAUUAUGAUGCAACCCUUGAAAAAGCGUGCUUUAAACCUUAUAUUAUCAAAUGUCGAGCAAAAACCGAAACUUAUGAAGGACGAAGUAUAAUUCGAUACUCCGCAAUGUCAGUAAUUAAAAUUGAUUACGCUCGUCGUGCAAAGAGACUACACCAAUUAAUCAACGAGAUGGAGGAUAGUUUUUUGUCAUAA